AUGUUACCACUGGGGGUCCAGCCUUCUCCAUCUCGGAGACCGCUAGAUCACUUGCCAAAUUCCACACAAACUAAUGAUGGCCGCUCUUGGAGCUCGAAAAGACCUGAUGUCGGUGUCUUCACUUCACAGCUUCGGGCUGAGAGUCACACUUUCUCUAAAGAGGGUUCAGAGAAUCUCUACGCUCGAUUAAGUGAACAGACUGUGCCUCUCCCGGAAGCUCGCAGUGUUCCAGGAGGCCAGAGCCUUUAUCUAGGCGAAUCAUGGCUUCUGACGUAUGUGGUUCAGAAAGUCAUCAACGCUGACAUAGUAUCUAAUCCUAGCUCUACAACCACCCUUCAAGUGCCUCUACCAGCAACGGUCAGCGAUAAGCCUGAUAACCUUGGCUACGACACCAGACUUGAUUCAGAAGAGAUAGAGAUUCUUGAUAUCAGAGGAGCUUUCGUGCUUCCAGACCGACCAGUCUCCGAUAAACUCAUUAAGACCUUCUUUGAAUGUGUUUAUCCAGCCUUCCCCAUCUUUGACCGAACACAAUUUGCACAACUGUACGAAUCGAAUCAAUUGCCCCAUAUUGUACUGCACGCAAUCUACGCCGUCUCUAGCACAAUGUGCUCCGACGAUGUCAUCGCCGAAACAGGGCUCGAGAGUCGUAACGCGGCUCGCAAGACAUUUCUCAAGCGUGCUAAAGCUCUUCACGACGCAGACUAUGAAACCAACAAAGUUACAUUAGUUCAGGCCGCAUUUCUCCUGAGCUUCUUGUGGAGUGGUUCUACCGACGAGAAAGACAUGUUCUACUGGCUUUCGAUUGCCAUUGGCAAUGCUCAAGGAAAAGGCAUGCAUAGAACUACCCAAAAUUCCACGCUAACGCUCCGAGAUCGUAGGCUGUGGAAGCGAAUUUGGUGGUCACUCUAUGUUCGAGACCGGCACUGUUCUGCGAACAUCGGCCGUCCCAUGCGCAUUCGAGACGACGACAACGAUGUCGAGCCACUCGAUGAAUCCGACUUUGAGGACGAUAUAGUACAGUGUAGAAGCAUAACGUCUAUUUAUGGAAACAGUAACAAAGUCCACGUUCUCUACACAAUUGCAAUGAGCAGGCUUUCAGUAAUUUUCGGUGCAAUUACCCUCGCAAAAUUUUCUACAAAAAAAUCAAGUCAUGGAUUGAGUCAAAAGGAGCUGAGUGAUCAGUUGAGUGAAUGGCACCAGCAACUGCCUCCAGCACUGAAAGAUGGUGAUGGGGACGAAGAUGGUGGCUUCUGGCCCAAAAUGUUGGAACUGAACUACAACCAACAACUUAUCCUUCUGCACCGACCUGAAAACAGCAAGAUCAUAGUCGACAAAAACCUGCUCAAGUCUCCAGCUUUUACAGCCACGAAGAAGAUUUCCGCCAUUAUUGACGAUUUCCUCGCACUAGGCUUACUUCGAAAAUCACAGUUGCAGAUAUGUCCAAGUCUUUUUUCAGCUCUAACAAUGUAUGUGCUCAUGGCUCGAAGCCCUGACCAUAUGCAGCGAAAGCUUGCCGAACAUAAAGCUCGUCUCUUACUGCUCGCCUGUUCAGAGAUUGCGAAGACAUGGCCAGCGUGUAGCUGGAUUAUGAUGCUGUUUGAGACGAUAUUCAGAAAUUUAGAGAAGAGGAGCGGUGCACAGCUGCCCCAAGUUGGCCGGGGAGGUGGUUCACAGUGGGAGGCUCCCAUGCAAGACGGAACUGCACCUCGUGCGCCGCAGGACUCUCACAGGGAAUCUCAGCACGAGCAGAUCUCGCUGUGUAGCUUUCAAGGUCAAAAUGCACAAACCCCACAGCCAAACGUAUUCUAUACGGAUAUGCUCUCGGAUAUACCACUCCAUGACCAAUUUGUCAACAUCCCCGAGUUUUUCGACCAAGAUCUUCUCAAUGGGCUACCACAAGAUUUCGGAUUGGCUCACGAUGUUUUCCCUUAUUUAAUGGAGAGUUAA